CUGGGUAUCGAAUUCCCAGUAGUCCGCAGUUAUAGGUUCGAAAGGUGGGUGUGGAGUCGAAGGGACGGAGUUUGACCUUCAGUGUUCUUUUUGCCGCACUCACUGUGACUCUGAGAUAUCUUGGCGCAUCAGCCACGGUACGCUAAGCCCCACCAUCGCUCAUUGGCUCCUUUCGCUCGGCUUCACAUCACCAAACGCGCGCCGGGAUAUACCCGCAGCAUCAACUCCGUGCGACCAGACCUCAGCUCCAUCGAUGCAGUCACGGUAGCCCACAGUCAUCGCCGAAUCCGCACCUCCUUCCUCGAAUACCAACACUUCCCCACCGCCACCAUGUCUCUGAGCAGCAGUCAGGGCUUCAUCGAGCCCCAUGCGAGCUCCUCCGAGGCCGACAUCGACUCCCUUCCUAGCUCAUCUACGAACUCCUCGGUCGACGAGGACGAAUAUGUUUCAGAUGCGGAAAGAGAGUGGAGGGAGUCGUUGCAGCAAAUGGAACUGCUGCUCACAAUGGUGAUGGUACCGUACAUUGGCAAAUACUUUGGGCGGAAGUUGGCAUAUUAUAGUUGGGCGAAGUUUAUGGAAUGGAAAUACCCUGUCGAGGUCGUCAUCACAAAUAAGACAGCGUUCAAGGCGGCUGGGGCCAUCGAGGCUGCAGCAACAUUAUAGCACACCGAGGCACUUUGGAUUUACAGCAACGGCGUUCGAGGCGCAUGCACAUUUGGGUAGGCAUAUGAAGGACGCUCAAUGGGUGAUCCAGUAUAUAAUAAUAUAACUCCAAGAAGUCGAACGUACAGCAUGGGCUAGAGACUUGGAGAGGUGUCAUACACCAAAUCAUCAGGAAACCACCUAAAACAAACAGAUACCACUCAUAUCGUCAUUUCCACCCCGUACCUCAACGGCAGCCAGAACAGUUUCAGCCUACGCUCCAGCACCUGCCGCUCGUUCGCACUUCUUUGGCUUCGUGGGAGGUCUGAGCGAUUUGAUUCCUCUGAGAUCCAACAUCUUGAUGAAGCCCCAUGUUUGCCCGUAGGUGACUGAGCUGACGCCAAUAGCUUUUUGAAAGUCGCCAACCUUCGUCUCGCC